GGGGGGAGCGCCCACUGCCGCAUCGAGGGGAAGGGAAGCUCGUAACUGACGCCUGCUCGCCUCCAGCCUCCUCCUCCCUCCUCUCCGCUUCAAAACAAAAUCCGCAGAUGCCACCUCCCCGCGGCUCGGUCCUCGCGAUCGACUGAUUCUGCCGCGGACCCGAGCGAUCGCGCCCCGAUCUCGAUCCCCCCACUAAUAAUCCUUCCCCUACCGCCCUACGCCAUGGCGAUCCGCCCGGGCUGAGGCCCGAUUCCUCCUUUCCCAUUGGUGGCGACGGCACGGCGAGCGGCGCCCCGUCCUUGGCCGAUUCUUCGAUUUUCUGCAGAAAUUACCGGGUGUACGUGUUCACGACAUGUCGUAUACUGGGGUUCUCUGAAGGAAGAUUGGGGGGGAAUUCCGGUGGGGUUUCUAUGGCGCCCGCCCCUGCUCCUUCUGCUGAGGACAAGGGCGACGGCGGUGCCAGGAACCAGAGCAGCAUGGUCGUGGUGAAAACCGAGGCCGUCUGCGCGAAUGGUGGCCCUCUGGUGGUGUCUCCUGAUCUCGUGAAAGGUGAGGGAGAUGAUACCACCGAAUGCUCGAGCUCGUUCGGGGACACCUGCUCCGGAUCCGAAGGUGAGGCUGAUGGGGGUGAACCGGAGGUGAAUUCUGGCAUCUCAGCUCAUCGACCCGCAAAGCCGCCUAGAAGGAAAAAGGUGACAACUGAGUGGAGGAAUUCUGUUCGUCCAAUUCUGUGGAGAUGCCAGUGGUUAGAGUUGCGUAUGAAGGAGCUGUCAUCUCAAGUAUCAAAGUAUGACAGGGAGCUUGCUCUAAUCAAGAAAGAAAAGGAAGUACAACAAACAGUAAGCCAAGCAAAUGGUUCUACAUCAGAAUCAAUGCAGAUUCACAAAGGCCAUCGGAACAGUAUCAUGAAGAGGAUAAAGAGGAAGAGACAUGAAGAAAAUGUUGAUGCAUCAUUGUACAUCAAGAAGCACCAGAUAUUGUCAUACUAUCAUGACAAACAAAAUAAGGGAGCUGAAACUGAUGGUGUCUUAAUUGAUGAUGAUUGUGGCAAUACAGUUGAUGGCAGUAUCAGAGGUGGACUUGACACUUUUACAUUGCUUGAUUCCGAGAAUUAUAAUAUGAUUUUUGAGCAACUCACUUUAAAGGACACUCUGAUGACAAUCGAUGGGCUCCAGUCUAGAGUUCAUCUGCUGCAAGAUCGUCUCAGCAAGGCUCAUUCUGGAAGCGAAGAUUUGCCACUUUCUGAGGACAAUUCUCAUGUCAGGGUGCCUCGGAAGAGGCAGCUUACUCAAAAGCGCUCAUUUUCUUAUACAAAGUGUCGAUAUACUAAACCACAGAAAAGGAAGAAUCUAAACAUUUUGCUGAAGGAUGAUGAUGGAUCACCUCUUGCAGGGAGGCCUGCUUUGCCUUACAGGGAAACUGACACUCAUAUGAAAUAUGCAAAUAAGAAUGCUGAAGAAAAAAGUGGAGAGUGCAAUCACUCGACGGAGAAAGCUGUCACAGCAAAUCUACUCUUGGGUACUGACACCAUACCAAAUGGUCAUAUUGGGGAUUUAUGCAAAGAUAACACUGAUGAUAUCCUCAUAGACAAUCAAGCAGUCAAUGAAGCGUGUCAGCAGUUAGAUAAGGCCAGGCAUCUGCCUUCUGGAAGUUCUUCCAGAGGCCAGAACAUUUCUAGUCCAGCAGAAAUGAACUCUGCUCCAGCAGAAGUAAAGAACACUUGUGCUCCAGUGGAAACAGAUAGCACUUCUGCUCCAGGGGAGGAGCCUCUCUCCUCUCAGAACAAGCAGGAGCUGAAACCUAAGAAGAAGAGGAGGAAGAAAGGCUCUUUUUUCACCAAGAAGCAGAAGAAAGAGGCCUCCAAAACACCUGCUGCAAAGGAGAAAACUGAGGGCACACCCUUAGCUGCAAAUAACAAAACUGGGAGCACUCCCUCUGCGGCAACAGGGCUGGGAACCAUGACCGCUUGCUCAGCUGGGAAGAAGCGCAAAACUGGAAAGGAACCUGCAGACGCAAAGAAGCGUGAAUCUGCAGCACCGAAGAAGCAGGAAACUGGGAAGCCAUCUUCAGCAACAAAGAAGCAGAAAACUGAAAACCCAUCCUCAGCUACAAAGAAGCAGGAGACUGAAAAGGCGGGCUCUGCAAUAAAGGAAGAGACCGAAAGCUCCCCCUUGAAUCUGAAGAUUGAGAAGGCUGUGCUGGUGGCUGUAAAUAGCAGGAGGAGCCAAAGGGUCCGGAAGCCCAAAGUUUUUGCUGAAUGAAGCAGAGAGACGUCUUAGGGUCUCUGAUGCGUAUGUAUCCUGUCGUCUGGCAGCCAAAGUCGGUGGCCAUAUCGAACAUAGGAAGUGAUGGAUUGCCAUGUAAGUUAGUGUACAUAUCAGCUUUUGCCUAGGUAAAAAAAAAAGGUCUGACCCAAAUGGUUGGUUGGUUGUUCAUAACCCUUCUCUUCCGGAGUUCCAAACAACUGUGACUUGUCAUGUUGUGUUACCUCUAUAUCCAAAAUGAAAAAAAGGAGAAAAUUAUGCCAUGUAAUAUUGUAACUUGGCUUCCGGA